ACAUGGGGGGCAAAUAAAAGGAAUAGAGAGGGUGACGUGGCAAGAGUGCAGGCCACAACCUGGCGGCUGUAACUAAAGUGAAGUGUCUGAAGAAGAAGAGGAUAGAAAGAAAGAACCGGAGUGUGAGGUGUCGAGCAAAAGAAAAAAGACAUGGCAAUUCCGAGGUCUUACCAGUUACUUUCUCAUCUUCCUAGUUACCCAAAGCUUAGUUCUGCACUUCCCAGGACAACAACAAGAACAAGACUCCUGCCAGUCUCUUGCACUCUCUCAGAAUCUAAAUCCAUUGGCUCGGAGGUGUCUUUUAAAGUUGGAACACACCUUAUUCCACAUCCCAACAAGGUUGAGAGAGGUGGUGAAGAUGCCUUCUUUGUCAGUCCUUACAGCGGGGGAGUCAUUGCGGUGGCUGAUGGUGUUUCUGGGUGGGCUGAACGAAACGUGGAUCCUGCAUUAUUCUCUAGGGAACUGAUGACUAAUGCUUCAUCUUUCGUGGAAGAGGUUGGCCAUGAUCCACGCUUUCUUAUGAGGAGAGCACAUGCGGCUACAUUUUCCAUCGGCUCAGCUACAGCAAUUGUUGCUAUGUUGCAAAGAAAUGGGAUUUUAAAAAUUGCCAAUGUUGGUGAUUGUGGAUUAAGGAUUAUACGCAAGGGUCAAAUACUCUUCUCCACAUUUCCGCAAGAGCAUUACUUUGAUUGUCCAUACCAGUUGAGCUCUGAGGAGGUUGGCCAGACUUAUCAGGAUGCGAUGGUUUGUAGCGUGGAGUUAGAGGAGGGUGAUAUUAUCAUAAUGGGUUCAGAUGGUCUUUUCGACAAUGUUUUUGACCAUGAGAUUGUUUCAACAAUAGGCGAUAAUACUGAUGUUGUUAUGGCUGCAAAGGCAUUAGCUGAUCUGGCUCGCAAACACUCAGUAGAUACCAGAUUCGAUUCCCCCUAUUCAAUAGAAGCCAGAGCUAGAGGUUUCGACGUACCAUCCUGGAAAAAAGCUUUAGGAGUGAAGCUAACAGGAGGGAAGCUAGAUGAUAUUACUGUGAUAGUUGCUCAAGUACGAAGGUCAGUUGCUGAAGUAAUAGGCUCAUGACAUGUCUGCAAAGUUGGAUGGUUUAUUACAUAGCAGAAUCGAUGGCGAAUAUUACUGAGCAUUGUGGAGCUGGGAAUGUUUCUCACUUAUCCUCGAUUAUCCUCUGUUUCUUAAUGUUGAGAUGGCAUUUUGCAAGCUAACUAGCUAAGGUCUGUGCAGUACAAGUGUAUAUACAGAAACAUAUGAAUCAAAUUAACUUCAAGCUCUUGAAUUUCAGAGAUCGAGUUGCAAAUAUCUUAUUUGUACUUA